UCAAACGUUUCUGCCGCAAGGGCGUACCAGCUCAGUUUCGAAGCCAUGUUUGGAUGAGUCUAUCUGGUGCUUUCGAAAUGAUGAAAAAGAACCCAAAAGUGUAUCAGACUGCUUCUGUCACUCAACCGCCAAAAAAUAUUUUUACUACCAUCAUGGCAGAUCUUCCCAGAACAUUCCCAGAAAACGCACACUUUUCGCAGGCAGAAGGCAAAGGUGACAAACUACAAGCUCUUCAACGGAUCUUAGUGGCUUUUGCUACAAGUUUCCCCAAGAUCGGAUAUUGCCAGGGACUCAACUACGUUGCUGCCACUCUCCUACUGGCAAUGCAAGGCCUCCCAGACGCCGAGGCGGAGGAACGAGCCUUCUGGUUGCUUCACACCUUGUCUCAUCACAUUGUGCCAAACUACUACUCUGAUCGUAUGGUUGAUGUUCGUGUUGACUGUCUCGUCUUUGAAGAACUGCUCAAGAAGAAGGCACCCAACAUCUACAGGACAUUGAAAAAUGCCAAUGUAGAUUGCGUUGUUCUUGCUACCAAGUGGUUCAUCUGCCUGUUUGCCGAUGUCCUUCCCAUUGAGACUGUUUUGCGAAUAUUUGACUGCCUCUUCUACGAAGGUAAUAAGAUUCUCUUCCGCGCGUGCAUAGCACUAGCAAAACUACACACUCGAGAGAUCCUCUACUGCCAACAAUUUCCCGAUGUCGUGCUCACCUUUCGAGACAUAACCCAAGACAAACAAACUCUCUACUGUCAUGAAUUUCUCAAGGCCAUGUUCACCCUCCCCGGAUCCCUUCCACGAUCUCUAAUUCGCAAACUUCGAGGCAAAUGCUUGGAAAAAGUCAAAAUCACAUUAAAUGAGUUAGAGGCGCAAGAACGUGACUACCGUGAGCGGAUGGCCCUACAAAAUCAACAACAGCAAAAACAAACUCAACAAGAUGAAGAACAAACGAUCAACGACUCCUACAGCGGCGAAUUUGGCGACAGUGAUGAUGAGAGUGAGGAAAUGUUGAAAGCACAACAAUCAGAUGACGCAGAAUCCUCACCAUCCUUGAACGCCCCAAUAAACCAUGGCAUCGGCAACUUAUGA